UGGCGUUGUGUUCCCAGAAACUAGAUUUUUGUUCCGUUUUGUUCUCAUUUUCCUUUCUAUAUGUCUGGCUUUGAUACUAGGUUUCACAGAACAUUUGUGACUAAAACUUAAACAUCAGCAUCAUGACAUAAUCACCCAUUUCACCCAUUCCAUAUUUUCACAGGUUGUGUUAAAGGACUCCCGCCCUGUGACAUUACUACAGUGUCACUGUACCUGUGUGGCUGGUUCAGCACUGUGCAACCAUGUAGCUGCCCUGUUGUAUCAGACGGCACACUACUCACAGCUUAGGUUCAGUGUUGUUCCCCCAGUGCACAGCUGCACGGAGGCUGAGCAAAGCUGGCACAAGCCUAGAACCAUGGUGCACCAUCAGUGGACCCAUGCCAUCCACAUUAUGUUCCAUCAAUGUUCGCGCACAAAAACACCAUUGAUGGUUCCCAGAAGUUGGAGAGGUACCAGAGGAGAUAGAGUAGACCAUCUGUGGUUGAGUCCAUUGAAUUACCUUCCAUAGAGGUCACCCAUACUGACCCUGAAGAAGGAUGCACUGCUGUGGGUAAAGAUCUCUCAAUGGCAGACAUUGACCAGCUACAAAAUGAAAACAGUGAAUUGUAGAGAAAAGUGGCUUUACUGGAGAAGAAACUGGAAUCUCAAGAAAAACGCCUAUAAGAUCAUAUGUUUGCCAGUCUGUCCAAUUUUAUUUUAAAUGAUGACAAGCACACUCAUUUUUGCACUGGUCUACCAUCUGCCUCUGUGUUUUUCACCCUCCUCACUUCCCUGACAACAACAUGGAAUGCAUCAUCAACCAUACUUACCCUUCCCGAGCAGUUUCUUGUGGUCCUGUUGAAGCUUCGUCUGAGCUUAACUCAUCAAGACCUAGCUUUUCGCUUCAGAGUGAGUUGUGGAACUGUCUCGAACAUCUUCCAUGAAUGGCUCGAGGUGAUGGGUAAAGAGUUGCAAUGCCUUGUCCGGUGGCCAUCCAGAAAAGAUAUCAGAAGAAAUCCCCCCACCCUAUUCAAGACUACAGGUUACCAACAUGUCAGAUGUAUAAUAGACUGUACUGAAGUGUUCAUUGAGAGGCCAACUAGUUUGCAAACACGAGCAAUCACCUACUCCCACUACAAGUCACAUAAUACUGUGAAGUUCCUUGUUGGCAUUAGUCCAACAGGAGCUAUUACAUUUUUAUCAAGAGUCUGGGGUGGUCGUGCUAGUGACAAGGUUAUAAUAAAGAAUUCCGGGUUGAUUGACCUUCUUGAACAAGGAGACCAUGUAAUGGCUGAUAGGGGCUUCAAUUUUCCUGAAUACUUUGCCACCAAAUGUAUCCGUCUCCAUGUACCAUCAGCAUCUACACAGGCAAGAAAACAACUGACAGGAUUAGAGGUGACACAGAAAAAUAUCACGAGUGAGAAUCCAUGUGGAAAGGCCCAUAGGAAAACUGAAGUCAUUCAGAAUUCUGCGGAACACCCUGCCCUGCCAGUCAGUAUGGUCAAACGGAUGAACGAUAACAGUCUUUGCACAAUAGACAAAAUGUUGAUUGCUUGUGCAGCACUAUCAAUCCUGCGCUUUACAAUUGCGCUUUAUCCAAAGCGCUUUACAAUUGAUGCCUCUCAUUCCCCUCUUCCUUCAAGCUGGUCCACAUCACCCCACUGCUGA